UAAUCCGGAAUCAAUCGCACUCUCCAGUCUACUUUCAAGAUUACAGAGAUCUAGCUGAACAGAAAAUUAGAAAAACAAAAUUUAUAAAGAAAGAACAGAAGCUCCUGCUGCAAUGGAAAUCCCAUCAAGCAAAUGGUUACCUGAAUGGGAAAUGGAGGAUUCUACUUUGUUCUCUCAAUACCAAAUGAACCCUAUGGACUAUUGUUUUGAUGAUAAUCUCAAUUUCCAAUCUUUUUCAUCUGAGAGCCACUCCUCUUUUUCCAAUAUCAAUCCAGAGAUGAGCUCAAAGAACAUCUCUAGUUCUUAUAAUAUUGAAGCCUCUCAGGUCACGGAAGAAGACAUCAAAAGACCAGUGAAGCAGCUCAAGACGAGUAAUAGCAGUUGGGAGAGCUCUUGUGUGGGUAAACAAAUAAUAUCAAAGCCUUCUGCCUCUGCAUCCUCCCAGAUAAUCUCUUUCGAGAACUCCAAAUCAUCCCCAGCUAUUUCCCAGCAGUAUUGUGGGGAUCUAAACUAUGCUGUGAAUUAUAAGAAUGAGAGUACCAAGAGAGUCGGUUCAAUGUCUAGGAAUCCUCUUCAUGCUCAAGAUCAUGUGAUAGCCGAAAGAAAGCGUCGCGAAAAGCUCAGCCAGCGGUUCAUAGCUCUCUCUGCUCUUCUUCCUGGCCUCAAGAAGGCAGACAAGGCUUCUGUGCUUGGAGAUGCUAUCAAGUACGUGAAACAACUACAAGAGCGAGCGAAAAUCCUUGAGGAACAAGCAGCCAAGAAGACGAUGGAAUCAGUAAUAUUCGUGAAGAAAACCCAAAUUCAUGCAGACGAUGAGACAUCCUCAUCGGAUGAAAACUUCGACUGUCAACCAACUUACUCAUCUCUCCCUGAAAUCGAAGUUAGAGUUUCAGGCAGGGACGUUCUCAUUAGAAUCCACUGCGAAAAAACCAAAGGAUUUCUGACAAACGUACUAAACGAAAUUGAAAAGCUUAACCUGUCUGUCGUCGGCAGCAAUGUCCUGCCAUUCGGCCGAACUACAGUUGAUAUAGCAAUUGCUGCUCAAAUGGAUGAUGAGUUCCCAAUUACAGCAAAGGAUCUUGUGAAAAGCAUACGGCUGGCUUUGAAAACUUGAUUCGUUUUGGAGAAGAUCAGAAAUAAGUUUUUUUAGGACAAGUUUUUUUUUUUCUUUUUUCUUUUUUCUCUGCAAUUUCUUCUGUUCUCACUACAAAUUGUUUUGAGUCGGACCAAAAAAAGAACCUUAACUAGGACUAUGUGAUUCACUUCCAAUCAGAUGUUUUUUUUCUGAUUGAUCUGCAGGAGAGUUUUUGUGGGUGUUUUUUUUUAAUUGUGGCUGACUUGUUUUAUUACCACAUUGAAAUCACCCACGUGCUUCUUUUCUUGUUCUUUUUUUCUUUUUUUUUGAGAGGUUUGGACCUUCAAUGAUGACCUUUUUCACCGUAUAAUGUCGUCAUUUUUUCCUUCCUGCGAAGUUGGAGAUGAAACAUAGGACCAGUUUUUGUCUUUGAGGUUUGGUCUGGGUUUUCAGGGUUCUGAUUAUGUUGUCUCAGGCCUGUGAUGUAAAAUUUCCUUGUGAUUCUGGCUGUGCCUUGUUAUAC